AUGGCGAGCCAAUCAAGCAACCUUACCUAUCGCCACCAUUCGGUCGUUCUGAUUCACGGUGAAGAGGCCUCAAGGGAGACGGAGCCCGGAAAUCUUGACACUAUUGGUCAAAUACAAAGCAGGCAGGUCGACCCGGUUCCCGAGGAUCCUGGCCGACAGGCCAGGGACAUACAAAUGCCGAUGGACCCAAAGCUGCUGGCAAACACCCGUAGGAAAGCGUUCAUCCUACGAACAAUCGCGCUGCUCUGUGCUUGCAGCCUGAGUGUCGGAAGUCAUUAUGCAUCGAAUAUCCUGGGUCCUUUAAAGAGUCGGUUGCACAGAGAACUGGGAACAUCGCAUACGGAGUUCGGGCUGCUGAUGGCAGCAUAUAGCCUGAACAGCACAUGGACGCCUCUCGUAGGUGGGCUCAUGGCGAAUAGGCUUGGGACAACCUUCGCCAGUAUCCUUGCGACUGGAGUCAUUUUCCUAGGCCAGCUUCUCCUACUCACCGGAGACAUCUUGGGAGAUGUCCGCUUCAUGGCGCUGGGGUUGUUCGUGUUUGGGCUUGGUAUAAGCCCACUGGCAGUCAUCCAAGAGACCAUUAUCGUUCGGUUUUUCAAGUCGCAUGGGUUGGGCCUUUCGAUGGCAUUCGGUCUCAUAGCCGGAAAAGGCUCCUCCUUCGUAGCGGCCAGAACAACGUACCCCUUGACCGAAUGGUUCGGCAGGCGUGCCCCUUUCUAUGUUGCAACAGGCCUUACGGCAUUUUCUGUUGCAACGAACUUACUUUAUCUCGCCUGCUCCCGUUGGCUCGUCACAGGUGCAGGGGCAGAGCUUGAAGCUCCUGAUAUCAAGCAGGAAGCUCGUCGUCGGUUGGCCAUCGACAACAUGUCAGCGGCGCAGGCUCUGGAAAAGGUCGCUGAGAAACGAUAUGUCAAAUUCCGUGCCAUCACGACGCUCGGAGAUGUGUUCUGGGCGGACCCCUAA